GAAAACGAAAGACACGCCGAUACACCGACAAGGGACUCGGCCGAAGGCGGAAUUAGAAGCAUAGCAUAGAAGCCUAGCAUGCUGUGCUGACUGUGAGACUGAUUUUUUUAUUUUUAAUCAAAAGCACACGAACCAAAGAGGGCACCUUGGACAUGACAAACUAGAGCUGCUUUUUAUUUUCACACGGUUUUUGUCAGUCCUAGUUGGCAACGUUUGCUGCAACUGUCAGUCGCAAAACUGAUAACACACCCUAUCUACCCUCUGCUGCUGUAAAUUUGCUUUUGGUUUUGAGAAAGGUCAACCGCAGCGUCCUACAACAUGGUUUUGCAAGAUGGACUUAUUAUCGGCAUGGGAAAUCCAUUGCUAGAUAUGCUUGUUAUGGCAGAUGAGGCGCUGCUGAAUAAAUAUGGACUUGACGCAAACAACGCGUGUUUGGCAGAGGAAAAACACAAGCCUCUGUAUGAAGAGCUUGUUCAAAAUUACCUGGUCGAAUACAUCGCAGGAGGAGCCGUGCAGAACUCCAUCAGAGUAGCCCAGUGGGUGCUGCGAAAGCCAGGUACCUGCGUCUUCUUUGGCUCUGUUGGGAAAGACAAAUUCUCCGACAUUCUGAAGUCAAAGGCCGAGGAGGAUGGAGUCGUCGCCCGUUACCAAUACAAUAACGACACCCCGACUGGAACCUGCGCUGUUCUUGUGACCGGUACUGGCAACAACACGCACCGGUCAUUGUGCGCCAACCUCGCAGCUGCAAACUGCUUCACUCCUGACCACUUGGAGACCCCAGAGAACAAACUGAGCAUCGACAAGGCUCAGUACUUCUACGUGUCUGGAUUUUUCUUGACCGUCAGCCCAGAUUCAAUGCUCGUUCUUGCCAAACAUGCCUUGGAGAACAGCAAGACCUUCAUAAUGAACCUCAGUGCACCGUUCAUCUGCCAGUUUUUCCUGGAACCCUUGAAGAGCGGUCUGCCCUACGUCGACAUCCUGUUCGGAAAUGAAUCUGAGGCUCUCGCCUUCUCUGAAGCUAAUGAUCUGGGAACAAAGGACAUCAAAGAGAUCGCCCUCAAAAUCGCUGCUCUACCAAAGCUUGGACCAAAGUCCAGGAUCGCUGUUAUCACGCAGGGUCACGACCCUGUGUUGGUUGCUCAAGAUGGAAACGUGAAGGAAUAUCCAGUGCCUCCCCUGACUGCUGAUAAAAUCGUGGAUACCAACGGUGCCGGAGACGCUUUUGUUGGAGGUUUCUUGUCUCAACUGGUGCAAGGAAAGCCGAUCGAAACGUGCAUCAAGUGCGGAAACUGGGCUGCUUCGCACAUAAUCCAGCGCUCCGGAUGCUCAUUCACUGGAGAACCAACGUUCACCGAGUAAAAUCAAAAAAGUAAGUUCCUUGGAACGCCGACUCUGCUUAUUAUUUAGCAAUAUUUUAUAUAACUGAGUUUUGCUUUUAAUAAACACUCAAGAAAUUAGUUUGGCACA